AUGCAGUUGCUGCUCAGGGUAGCCGCCCUCCUUGCUGUCGUCGAGUCGGCCAAGGUCGCCGUCUUCAUCCUAGAAUUGUCGAACAGCCAGAUCCUCUUCAAUAAACGGGUAGCACAAACACUGGCCGAGGGUGGUCAUGAUGUGACGCUGAUCAACAUCAAGCCCUACAAGGGAUUGAAAAGCAACGUGGAAAAGGAUGGAAAAUUGAAGGAAUUUAUCGUCGAUGCCGCCGGUAAUUUGACGCUUCGCGAGAUGGAAGAAGCGCAAGGCGGCAUGAUAUUCAGCGAAUUCUCGUGGUUUGACAAGAAAAGCUUCGCCAUCAUGUCCGUGAUGAGCCAAAUGAUGGCCGAGGCCUGUGAAAAAACCAUCCUCAGCCAAGAGCUGUUCGAUUUCCUGGCCAAGGAAAAGUUUGACGUCGUCUACUCUCAUAUGUACGAUUAUUGUGCUAUUGGGGUGAUACAUAAAGCAAACAUCAAAUCGUGGAUCUGGCUAAACUCGGGCGGUCUGAUGGAAUAUGUCGGAAUGUCCGUCGGAGUUCCGUAUUUCUCCAGCUUCAUGCCACCUCGCGGAAUGGACGCCGGCGCCAAGAUGACCUUCCUCGAGCGCACGAAAAGCCUCAUCGGGCACAACUUGUUCAAAAUUUUCUACAAUAGGGCAAUCCCCGCCAAGCAGACAGCCCUCUUCCGGAAGCAUUUUGGCGAAGAUUUUCCCGAUCUCUACCACGACCUCGGGCCAAAGUGCCCGCUGGUGAUGGUGAACAGCAAUGAACUCUACGAGCAAGCAACACCCACGCUGCAUAAAGUCAUCAACAUUGGCGGGCUGGGGAUGCAGUUCAAGGAUGCGAAGCCGCUGCCGCAGGAAUACGACGAGCUGCUCUCAACCACGAAAGGCAUCUUCAUCAUGUCGUUCGGCUCGGUGGCCAACGCGACGAUGAUGCCGCAAUCGUGGAAGGAAUCCCUGAUGGCCGCCUUCGCCGAAUUCCCCGAAUACCAUUUCGUAAUGAGGUAUGCCGCGGACGACAUUGAAUCCAUACGCCCGAAGAAUGUGAAGCUGACAAAGUGGAUCCCGCAGGCGGAUCUGCUGAAACACCCGAAAACGAUCGGCUUCAUCACACACGGCGGCUAUAACAGCUACCAGGAGACGAUCUUGGCCGGCAAGCCGAUGAUCGCCAUCGCCCUCUUCGGCGACCAGUACAGAAAUGGCCGAAUGGCCGAACAGCUCGGCUUCGGGCUGAUGUGCGAUAAAAACAGUCUCGCAAAAGGUCCAGAAAAGCUGACAGAGGCUAUCAGGCAAUUGAUUAGUGACAAGAGCUAUGAACAAGCCGCGCAGCAACUCUCAAAAAUGGCCGCCAAAAAGCCGAUCAAACAGGAAGAACUCCUCAACAAGUGGACAGAAUUUCUGGCUGAAUUUAAGACAAUCGACGUCUUGGUACCGGAAAGCCAAAACCUCAAUUUCGUCCAAUACAACCAGAUAGACGUCUUGGCCCUCCUCGCGCUAAUCGUUUUCACAGUCCUUUUCCUGCUCUAUCGCCUUGUCCGAUGCAUUGUCUGCUGUAUUUGCUGCCGAAGAAACCGUCCCGAAAAGCCCAAAUCCGAA